AUGUCGGAAGCAUCCAUCAGCACUUUCUACGAUGACUCGGACCCAGACAAUACAAGCUCGUCCGAAGUUUGGCAGGAUGCACCUCAGACCAGCCCACAGGAUGAGGAGCCACCACUCCAUGUUCGAUUUCGAUCAAACGCGGGUUUCAUGCAGGGGGCUCGGCAUGAUCCUCCGGCAGGAGGUCUCCGGGAAGAGUGGGAACAUGCUCACAGUCAAGCGCUGCCUCAUCGACCGACAAUGCCAUAUUCCCAUGAGACUGAGGAUAUUACCGAUACGCCACUGAAAGAUCACGAGCCACAGCCGGGUGAGACAGACGGCGGGUCAGGCGUCGAAAGGAUAGACCAGAACAAGCCACAGGAAGACGAGAAGAAGGAGCCUGAGACUCCCCAACAGCAAUCCACACGGGAGAAAUGGCGAGCCGUGGCCAGGAAUUGGAGACAGAAAGCAUCGGAAUUCGGUGACCGCAUGGGUCGCCCACAGGCCGAAGGAGACGACUUAACAUCCGGCAAGUAUCACGCGGACUGGGCGACCGGCGGUGCAGUUGCCCACUCCGACAUGACAGAUGACAAACACAAAAGUGUGGAGGCGAAGCAACGGGACCAGAAAGGAACCACCUCCGAAGCUCAUCGUCUGGUGCGAGAUUUGACCCAAGACCAUUCCCAAAAACGCCGCAAGGGUCGUGGGAAGCCUUAUCCUCAUGCUGGGACCCAGUUCAAAGAUGAAGAAAAUGAUACAGGACUAGAUGCGGACUUGAGCUAUCGCUCUGGUGGCGGUGGGAUCCUGUCGCACUUGAUCAAAUUACAAGGUGGUCAGCAACAAGGUGCUGGAGGCCAGUCUCGAACAUCAACUGACUCGUCCCGCAGCGCAGAAUCAGCCCCCAGCGGGGCCCCAAAACCAGCAGGAAAGAAGCAAAAGCCACUGAAAUGGUACAAAAAGCCCCAAAAUACGUCGACGUCGACCUUGAUUGGUGGGGGCGCGGAUAGUUUCAGCGGUGCAAGCACUCCUGUUUCAAGCGAGAUCCUGUCACAAGCCUCGAAACGCCGUGACAAUCAGGGAGGUGGUGCUGCUGCUGUUGCAGCUGGUGGCGGCGGUGGAGGCCGUAAUAUGCGCCUUGAGGAUGAAAUUCGAGUGACAGUGCACAUUGCAGAGAUCAUCUGUCGGCAGCGGUAUAUCAUGCAGCUCUGCAGAGCAUUGAUGUUAUUCGGUGCGCCCACGCAUAGACUUGAAGAAUACAUGCAGAUGACCUCAAAGGUGUUGGAGAUUGACAGCCAAUUCCUGUACCUGCCAGGUUGCAUGCUCAUGUCAUUCGAUGACCCUUCUACCCGCACGACCGAGGUGAAGUUGGUUCGCGUAGCCCAGGGGAUUGAUUUGGCUCGCCUAUCGGACACACAUCUAAUCUACAAGAAUGUGAUCCAUGACGUGAUUGGCAUUGAAGAAGCAAUUCAGGAGCUCGAUUCAGUCAUCAAGAAAAAGCCCCAGUAUCACAAAAUCAUCAUUGUCUUGGUGUAUGGGUUGGCCACUGCAACUGUGGGGCCUUUCGCUUUCAGUGCCAGACCGAUUGAUAUGCCGAUCAUUUUUCUCAAUGGUUUACUUGUGGGUUUAAUGCAACAUGUCGCGGCACCUCGUUCGGUGUUGUAUUCAAAUGUCUUUGAAGUGACAUCGACAGUGGUGACGUCCUUCCUUGCCCGAGCCUUCGGCAGCAUCGCCCUUGGAGUUGUGGAUGGCAAGCCACAGUACCUCUUUUGUUUUUCCGCCAUUGCGCAAUCAUCUAUUGCAUUGAUAUUGCCGGGGUUCCUUGUUCUCUGUAGUAGCCUGGAACUUCAGUCCCAUCAGAUCAUCGCUGGCUCUAUUCGGAUGGUCUACGCUCUCCUCUUCUCGUUGUUCAUUGGAUAUGGAAUUACCGUCGGCACAACCAUCUACGGGCUGAUAGACAAUAAUGCGGUAUCUGAUACCUCCUGCCCAGCGAAGGGCGCCUUUAAAAAUCCAUAUGUUCAACGGUUCCCAUUCGUUGCGAUCAUGACAGUCUGGCUUUUGAUCAUAAACCAAGGGAAAUGGAAACAGCUCCCACCCAUGAGCAUCAUCGCAUUGUCGGGCUACAUCAGCAACUACUUCAGCACAAAGAAACUGGGAUCAAACUCCCAGGUCGCGAAUACAGUCGGCGCAUUUGUCAUCGGCAUCAUGGGAAAUAUGUACAGUCGGUUCUGGCAUGGCCACGCUGCGACCGCUAUUCUGCCUGGCAUUUUCAUUCUGGUUCCAUCUGGACUUGCUGCGACAGGAUCUCUGAUCUCGGGUGUACAAUCCGCGGAUGAAAUUCGUCAAAGCGUCGGCUCUCAUGGUGGCGCUAGUUCAGCACCCGGGGCUGGCUUGCAGUCUGGUAAUUCUGUAUUUAGUCUAGGUUUCGGUAUGAUCCAAGUGGCUAUUGGCAUUACGAUUGGUUUGUUCAUUUCGGCCCUGGUGGUUUAUCCAUACGGCAAGGCCCGCAGCGGACUGUUUAGUUUCUAG